UUUUUGGAGCCAGCCUUAUAAUUUCGCCUUUCGAAUGAUUGACCCCUCACUAACCCCCUUGUUGUCCUUUGGGUGCCAUGGCGAGCAGAACCAUGAACGCCGUCCGAUACGACACCUACGGCGGUGGCGCUGCAGCCCUCAAGCAUGUUGAGAUUCCAGUCCCUUCACCAAAGAAAGAUGAGGUCCUGUUAAAAGUGGAAGCAGCAAGCAUAAAUCCAGUUGACUGGAAAAUUCAGAAAGGAAUGAUACGGCCAUUUUUGCCACCAAAAUUUCCAUUUAUUCCCGUAACUGAUGUUGCAGGAGAGAUUCUUGAGGUUGGUGCUGGAGUGAAUUCCUACAAAGUCGGUGACAAGGUUGUGUCCAUGCUUGGCAUGCGGAAUGGAGGUGGACUUGCUGAGUAUGCCGUUGCACCGGCAAGUCUAACGGUCCAUAGGCCUCCUGAAGUAUUUGCAGCCGAAGCUGCAGGCCUACCUAUAGCUGCCGUCACUGCUAUCCUGGCACUAAAGACCAUAGAAACCAAGUUUGACGGCACCGGCAAAGCUGCCAAUGUCCUUGUCACCGCCGCUUCUGGUGGCGUAGGGCUGUAUGCAGUUCAGCUUGCCAAGUUAGCAAACCAUCAUGUGACCGCUACCUGUGGGGCUCGUAACAUAGAACUUGUGAAGAGCUUGGGUGCUGAUGAGGUGCUGGACUACAAGACCCCAGAAGGUGCGAGUUUGAAGAGCCCUUCUGGUCGGAAAUAUGACUUGGUUGUACAAUGCACCGUUGGUAUUGAUUGGUCAACUUUUGAGCCAAAUCUAAGUGCCAAGGGAAAGGUUAUAGAUUUAACACCUGGCCUCGGGACUAUGGUCAGAUCAGCAUGGAAGAAAUUGACCUUUUCCAAGCAGCAGUUGGUGCCAUUUCUAGUGGUGGUCAGGAACGAGGACCUGAAAUUUUUGGUUGAGCUGGUGAAGGAAGGUAAGCUUAAGACAGUGGUGGACUCGAGGCAUCCGCUGAGCAAGGCAGAGGAGGCUUGGGCUAAGAGCAUGGAUGGUCAUGCUACAGGGAAAAUCAUUGUUGAGAUGUGAGCAAAUGGUCACGAACCUGUGUACAUAUGUACAAAAGUAUUGUAAUGCUAAUAAUGCAAAGACCCUCUUCAUAUAGAUUUGAGAACCUAUGAUGGAAAAUGUGGUUUGUUGAUGUAGAUGCUACAUAGAUAAAAUAAAUAAGUAGCUUGGUUGUAUC